GCUUUGAAGCCAAAUAGUUGACCAAAGAAAAUUCGACCCACACGUACCCUUGCCACCCACUAACCGUACCUGAUUCCCUGUCCCUCCUUUAUUACUCUCUUUCCUCUUUCUCCAUUUUCCUCUGUUUUUCUCUGCUCCAAUGGCCGUACUCAAACGCCAAUUUCUUCUCCUCUCUUUCCCUUUUCUUCUUUUCCACUCCGUUUCCGCCCUCGAUUUCCUCUUCAAUGCCUUCAAUUCCACCGACGUCUCCCUCUACGGCAACGCCACCAUCGAAUCUUCUUUCAUCGCUCUCACUAACCAAACCGGUUUCUCCAUCGGCCGUGCUCUCUUCCCUUCCAAAAUCCCCACUAAAUCCCCCAAUUCCUCUCUCCCCUUCCCUUUCUCCACUUCUUUCAUCUUCGCCAUGGCCCCUUACAGGGACGUCCUUCCUGGGCAUGGCUUGGUUUUCAUUUUCGUCCCGGCCACCGGAAUCGACGGAACUGCCGCUGCUCAGAAUUUGGGCUUUCUCAACUUUACUCUCAAUGGGAACCCCAAUAACCAUGUCUUUGGGAUCGAGUUUGAUGUUUUUGCUAAUGAGGAAUUCAACGAUCCCGACGAUAAUCAUGUCGGAAUCAACUUUAAUUCCUUGACGUCUUUCGUCACCGGAGAAGCUGGGUUUUGGUCCCACGGUGGUGACGCGGAUUCGUUCAACAGGUUCAGGCUGAAUAGCGGCGAAAAUUAUCAAGUCUGGAUUGACUAUUCCGAUUUCCAAAUGAAUGUUACGAUGGCUCCGGCGGGGAUGAAGAAGCCACGGCGGCCGUUGAUUAAUACCUCUCUGAAUCUCUCGGGAAUUUUCAUGGAUGAAAUGUAUGUGGGAUUCACGAGUUCCACAGGGCAGUUGGUUCAAGGCCAUAACAUUUUAGCUUGGAGUUUCAGUAACUCUAAUUUUUCAUUGAGUGAGAGUUUAAUUACCACUGGAUUGCCCUCCUUCGUUCUCCCAAAAGACCCAAUUACCAAAUCGAAGUGGUUCAUCGCCGGAGUGACGGCCGGCGGAUUCCUCGUCGUUUGUUUCUUCGUAACGGUAUUGGGGAUUUUCAUCGCCGACCACCGUAGGAAAGCGAGGUUGAGAGCCGAAAUGGAAGAUUGGGAAUUGGAGUAUUGGCCACACCGAAUGACAUAUCAAGAAAUCGAAUCGGCCACAAAAGGAUUUGCAGAGGAAAAUGUGAUCGGAAUCGGAGGGAAUGGGAAAGUUCAUAAAGGGGUUUUGGCCGGAGGAGGUUCAGAAGUUGCAGUGAAACGAAUUUCUCACGAUAACGACGGGAUGCGUGAGUUCUUAGCUGAAAUCUCAAGCAUAGGAAGAUUAAAACAUAGAAAUCUAGUGAGUUUGAAGGGUUGGUGUAAAAAAGAGAGGGGAAAUUUCUUAUUGGUUUACGAUUACAUGGAAAAUGGAAGUUUAGACAAAAGGGUAUUUGAUUGCGAGGAAAGAAACAUGUUGAGUUGCGACGAUCGAAUCAGAGUAUUGAAGAACGUAGCCUCAGGGGUUUUGUAUUUACACGAAGGAUGGGAAUCAAAGGUUCUUCAUAGGGAUAUAAAAGCUAGCAAUGUGUUGUUAGAUAAGGAUAUGAAUGGAAGACUAGGAGAUUUCGGACUAGCUCGAGUCCAUGGCCACGGUCAAGUGGCAAGCACAACUCGAGUCGUUGGGACCAUGGGCUAUAUUGCACCCGAGUUGAUUCGAACUGGACGAGCCUCGGCUCAAUCAGAUGUGUUUGGUUUUGGGGUUUUGAUUUUGGAAGUGAUGUGCGGGAGGAGGCCAAUAGAGGAAGGGAAGCCGCCGUUGGUGGAUUGGGUUCGGCGGUUGGUAGUUGAAGGGGAGCUCACAGCAGCGCUCGAUGAGAGGCUGAGGAAGAAGGGUGGGUGGAAUGAGGAGGAAGUGGUGAGAGUACUGCAUUUGGGAUUGGUGUGCGCGCAUCCUGAUCCGAAUACUAGGCCAACGAUGAGGCAAGUUGUGAAAGUUUUGGAAGGGAAGGUUGAGUUGGAUGAGAGUGAGAAUGAGAGUAUGAAUGCUUAUUUGCUUCAAAAGUUGAAGUCGCAAGGAAUAUGGUCUGAUUCUGCUGUUGGUUUUGGGAAUAAAUUGCAUCCUACAUUUGAGGAUUUUCUUCAGUCUUGUUCAACUUCCCUCUCUUGGUCUAAUACCACUGUCACUGGUAGGUGAAAUAUUAGACACAUUGAACUUUCAAACUCUUUCUGUAAACACAUACAAAUUAUAGAUUAAUUGAGAUUGUUGUGAUUUAUUCACUGUACAUAAAAAAAGUUGGACUUCUAAAGAGUGUUUUUUGGUUAUAUAUGGCCGUUUAUUGGA